UCGGAGAAGUUAUGACUUCCGUAUGUAUCAUAUAAACAGGAUGUAAACAGGGCGCCACGAUUUCCUUAUCUCUGUGUGCUAUUUAUGUUGCCGGUAUAGAUCCAUGUUUUGAAAUGAGAUGAUUUCACGCUGAAAAGUCAAAUAAAGCCGGCAUUUAAAACUGGAAAUUUAGCACAGUCAGUAAGGAUCCAAUCUAAAAUAAUGGCCAUGGAAAGAAGGCUUCAUAUUCUGGAAGGGAUUGAUAAAUCCGGCAAGGCCCCUCCUGAGGAAGUUUCACAGUGGGAGGAAUUGUACUGGUCCCCACCACUGUGCCUCUCUGAUAUGUUUUUAUAUAAAACUCAUGAUGACACCAUUGAGGAUCCCAUGACGGUUAUUCCAAAGAGCAUUGGACUGUGUACUCAACUGAAACGCCUAACAGCUGCUUGGCAUGUAGUGACAGUGAAUUCAAUUGAUUUUCGAAUGGGGUUAGACAGCCUGCCAACCUCUUUCUUCAGUCUUCAAAACUUGGAAGAGUUGGACUUGAGUUGGAACAGUUUCUCGACAAUUGCUGAUGAAAUCGAUCAGCUCACAAAGUUGCGAGUUUUGAACCUGAACAAGAACAGAUUUAGUUCCUUUCCUGUUUCAAUAUGCCACCUGCCAUUAUUGGAGAAACUGAUCUUGAGCAACAAUGUAUUAGAAGGUCUUCACUUGGAUAUUGGUAAAUUGACAAAGUUAAAGAUAUUCAAUGUUGCCAAUAACAAGAUAGACAAGUUCCCCCCACUGCUGUGUUCUCUGGAAGCCAUUGAGGAGCUGAACCUUAAUGAUAACUUACUCUUAAAACUUCCCCCAGAAUUUUCAUCAAUGGCAAACAUAAGGGUGUUGAAGUUGUCAGGGAACAACUUUCUUGACUUCCCCUCCCCUGUGUGCAAUCUUACAGCACUACAAGAACUUGACCUUGCAUGGAACAGAAUAACUACCAUUCCACUUACCAUAAGCCAAUUAAAAAACCUGGUUUCCUUCAAGCUUCACAAUAACCGCUUAAGUAUAUUACCAAAAGCUUUGAGGAACCUCAAGAAACUGCAUUAUCUGGGUGUAUGUGGGAACCCCAUUACUUUCCCACCACAAUCAGUUUGUGUGGCAGGGACCUCUGCAAUCUUGAGUUACCUGAGAGGGUCCAAAGAUCUAGUCCUCACCACAGCCACUAAACUACAACUGAACCUGCUUGGCUGUACAUGUGCAGGGAAGUCCAGUCUGGCUCAGUCUCUGACCCAGCAGACGUCAUGUUUGACCGCUGAAGCUGACCGCACAAAAGUGAUUGACCAGUUGAUCUGGACCUUGCCAGAGGAGGUGGUUUUCAACAUCAAUGACUUUGGUGGCCACAAUGUGUAUACUGUUGUCCAUCCUUUCUUCAUAUCACCUACAGCUGUGUCCCUUGUAGUCUUCGAUCUAUCAACGUGUGAUCUGACCACGCCUGAGAAUUACACUAUGCAUAUUGGCUCUUGGAUCGAGAGGCUUGGCUCACAUGCCCCACACACGCUAACCUUGUUGGUGGGCACACAUGCUGAUCAAUGCGAUGAUGAAACGAAAACAUCUUUGUGUUCUGAAAUAGCCACAACGGCCAAGGAGCAACUGGCAUCUCACAACACUUGGCUUCAGCAUCAGAUUGACCGUAUAGAUAAUUUGGUGGCCAAAGCAGUGGAGGCACCCAACAAGUCUGCCUUGAUGACCAAAAGGCAGAAACUGCUGCAGAUGCAGGCAGAGCAGAUAAGCAUCCAUGAUGUGGUAUUCCCAGUAAGUUCAAAGACUUUGGAUGGAUUUCAGGAACUUGAGACAACACUGAUUUCGAUUGCCAAAGAAAAUGGUGCAUCACUCCCUUCAAUAUGGUGGAAAGUUGCUAGAUCUAUUGAGAAAGUAGAUAGAGACUUUCUUACUAUGGAUCAAGUGCUAGAGUUGUACAAAUCACAAGUUGCCAGAUCUUUCAUUUUUAAGUUAUUACCUAGUAGGGCUAAAAAGGAAUCUGCAUUCAAGGAUACCAUUGACAUUCUACGUCAUCUCAGUGGGUCAGGUGACAUAGUGUGGUACGAGAAAAACACUUCACUGUCCGACAUCAUCUUUCACAAGGUGGAAGUUAUCGCCAACUUGCUCAAGGUUGUCCUUGACCAUGAUAUGAAGAGCUCACUGACUUUUGAGUCUGCUUCCAAGGUUGUGCCCCUCACUGGCCCAAAGUUCCAAGAAAUGAAGGAAGACCUUUUGAAGAGAGGAAUUAUUUCGAGAAAUCUCAUGGAGAUUUUGUGGAAGCCAUUCGCAUUAGGGAAAACGGAGAUGGACGCCAUGAUAGGACUUUUGCAGACAUUGGAUCUGUGCUAUGAGGUCAGGGUGAAAGAUGGAAUAGCAGAGGGGGGAAAGGCAGUUGAUGUCACAGCAAAGGGUGAAGGAGCAGAGGGAGGCAGAGAAGAUCCUGGAUCUGCUGGUGAUGCGACAAGAAAAGUAAGAAUUGGACACAGCAGCAGUCAAGAUGAGAACCAACGUCCAGAGGAAUCAACAUCAAAAGACAGCAAGUUUGGUGAGAUGAAUUUGGAUGACGUGGCUUAUCACUUUCCAUGGCUGCUUACUGAGAACUGCCCGGCAGACCUGCAAGAAUAUUGGUCCCCGAGGGUUGCAGAGUUUGAGAACCAGCUGACUUUGGAGUUGUAUUUUCCAAGGAAGUGUCCUGAUGGCUUAUACGAGAGGUUCACCGUGAGGCUACAUAGGUACCUGGGUCUCUUCAGGUCUGAACGUGUAGAUUGGAAAGAUGGGGUGUUUGCCAAACUCCCGUCUGUCACCAUGCUGCUGAAUAAGGAAUUACGUCAGAAGGACAGAGUGAUUACUGUAGCCUGUAGAGGUCGCCACUUGCCAGACUUGUGGAUUGAAGUGCGACGUGCCCAUGAUGACUUGAUGGGUAUCAUUGAAGAAGAUUGGCCAGGUUUGCCAUUUGAUAAGUACCUCAAGUGUCCUCACUGUGUCAAAUCUGCUGUGGAGGAGCCAAAGCUGUUCCCUGGGGAGAUCUUGAACAGUCCGCCCCCUGUGGAGAGAAACCUGGUACCCUGUCAUAACAAGGGAGGGGAUGGCCUGAUACCUGCCAACCUGGUAUAUCCCACAGCUGAGGAUCACAACCCCAUGAGCAAGAUGAACAUAGAAGCCCUGAAGAAGAACAGACCGGAUCUUGUGAAGGGCAUAACAGCUCCAUGUCUGAAAAAUGCUCUCAGGAGGUUCAAAGCCAGGGACAUCUAUACUGAAGAUGAAAUCAGUGCCAUUGAAGGUGUUGCUGUCAUCUAUGACAGAGUUGGGGCCUUUCUGGAUGUCCUGAAGAGAAAAGAGCAGAGAGCGUUUUAUCACUUUUGUCAGGUUUUGAUAGAAAACAGGGCCAGUCACUUAGCUGAUUUAAUCAAAUCUUGAAGAGCUCCUCGCCACAACCAAACACCACUGCCUAGGUUGUACUUGCAUGACGAUGUGAAGGUUAACUGCACUUGGAGGACAGCUAGCAGAUUCAGUACUCAUUAAUGCUUACACUCUGGCAGAUCCAGGAUUCUAAUUGCUGGGGUUGGGGUAAAUCUUGUCUUGCCUUACUCUGUACACAUAAAUCGACAAGAUGCUAAGGAUAAUUUUAUUGUAAUAUGGUUGACAUAAAUAAUAUAUUCAUUUUGUCUCUUUUGGCUUAUUAAUUUUUUUUCUGGGGGGGAGGGGAGUACCUCACGUUCUAUUCCACUUGCACUCUGUCAUUUUAGUACAUCGCUUUUAACUCUUAUCACAUAACUCAUUCUUUGAUUUUAAUUUUAAAAAAUUGCAUCAGGUAUGCAUAGCUACUGUAUGUGGUAUUUUGAGACAACAGUUAUUUUGUGCUGGAACUGCUGUUAUUGUUUUGUGUGAUAAAAAUGUGUAAAGAAGAUUGCAUUUACAUUAAACGGUGGUAUUGUCAUUUAUUCACUAUGUAAUAACCCAUGUGACUGUAAUGGCAGUUCUCUGGGAACCGAAAUCUGCUUCCCAUUACUUUGCACAGGGACAUUUUGAUUCAUAUGCUGACCCCGAUGCUUCCAGCUUACUCUAACUUGUACUAAUCUUAUGGGGACCAUGGAUGUCAAUUUCUAGGACUACCAUUUAUGUUACACCUGUCUCACUUAAAACACUUUGACCUGAGAAUUGGCCUUAAGUUUAAAGACAAAAUGCUGGUGUUCUUUACUUUAAAGGGAUAAUAACUCUUCGCAUGUGAUCUAUAUUUC